CCGAGCGCGGCGGGGCGGGGCGCGCCGCCAAGUGCCGGAUGAGGAGCCGCGGAGGGGAAGUCGGGCCGCCGCCGCCGCCCCGCCGCCAUGGGGAACCGCGGCAUGGAGGAGCUGAUCCCGCUGGUGAACAAGCUGCAGGACGCCUUCAGCUCCAUCGGGCAGAGCUGCCACCUCGACCUGCCGCAGAUCGCCGUGGUGGGCGGGCAGAGCGCGGGCAAGAGCUCGGUGCUCGAGAACUUCGUAGGCCGGGACUUCCUUCCCCGCGGCUCCGGCAUCGUCACCCGGCGGCCGCUCAUCCUGCAGCUCAUCUUCUCCAAGACAGAAUACGCUGAGUUUUUGCACUGCAAAUCCAAAAAGUUCACGGACUUCGACGAGGUGCGGCAGGAGAUCGAAGCGGAGACCGACCGGGUGACGGGCACCAACAAAGGCAUCUCCCCCAUCCCCAUCAACCUCCGCGUCUACUCGCCGCACGUGCUGAACCUGACGCUGAUCGACCUCCCGGGGAUCACCAAGGUGCCGGUGGGGGACCAGCCGCAGGACAUCGAGUACCAGAUCAAGGACAUGAUCCUGCAGUUCAUCAGCAGGGAGAGCAGCCUGAUCCUCGCCGUGACGCCCGCCAACAUGGACCUGGCCAACUCGGACGCGCUCAAGAUGGCCAAAGAAGUGGAUCCCCAAGGCUUGCGGACGAUCGGGGUGAUCACCAAGCUGGACCUGAUGGACGAAGGCACGGACGCCAGGGACGUGCUGGAGAACAAGCUGCUUCCUCUGCGCAGAGGCUACAUCGGCGUCGUCAACCGGAGCCAGAAGGACAUCGAUGGCAAGAAGGACAUCCGGGCGGCGCUGGCGGCCGAGCGCAAGUUCUUCCUCUCCCACCCCGCCUACCGGCACAUGGCCGACCGCAUGGGCACCCCGCACCUGCAGAAGGUCCUCAACCAGCAACUGACCAACCACAUUCGGGAGACGCUGCCCUCGCUGCGCAGCAAGCUGCAGAGCCAGCUGCUCUCGCUGGAGAAGGAGGUGGAGGAGUACAAGAACUUCCGCCCCGACGACCCCACGCGCAAAACCAAAGCUUUGCUGCAAAUGGUCCAGCAGUUCGGCGUGGACUUCGAGAAGCGCAUCGAAGGUUCGGGAGACCAGGUGGACACGCUCGAGCUCUCCGGGGGUGCCCGAAUCAACCGCAUUUUCCACGAGAGGUUCCCUUUUGAGCUCGUGAAGAUGGAGUUCGACGAGAAGGACUUGAGGCGAGAAAUCAGCUACGCCAUCAAGAACAUCCACGGCGUGAGGCAAGUGGCGGGGGCAGAUCCCCCCCCCCAAAAAAAAAAAAAAAACCAAUCCAGGGGGGCGCGGGGGGCGCGCGCUCGGAGCGUCCCCGCCGGCUGUCGCUUGGGUUUGGCUGCUGAAAUACCGUUUCUCUUCCCUCUUCCGCUCCCGGGAGCUGGG